GCAGUGGGACGACUGUAUGUGUCACGCUGACUGCCAUGGAAACGAAUAAAGGGAUAUCAGUGGAAGGAUUUAUUUCUACUUUCCUGAAUUUGAAGUCGUUAUACCUGCCUUUUGCUUUUCUCUUAUGAAACUUUCUUUUUCAUCCAUAUUAUGCUUACUACUAACACUAUUUAGUUUCCUGAGAGCGUUCUUAUUAUACUUAUCUUCCACAAAAGAUUUAAAGCUUCCUAAUCUCAUAGAAUCAUGGUACUCUAGCCAGUCUACAUUCGAAAGGAAUCCUCUAGAUUUGCUCAGUCAAACCUUCUCUUUGGGAGAUUCACCCGACAGAUUAUUUUAUUUUGUUCAAAUAUCUGACCUUCACAUAUCCAAAUUUCAGUCUAAAGGCCAUACUACCCAUUUCCUCCAUUUCCUUCAAUCAGUACUUCCAGUUAUUAGACCAGAAUUUGUCGUGGUAACAGGUGACUUGAUUGAUACUGUAGAUAGGACUCGCACCGGGUCUGCUCAGUAUCUCAAAGAGUGGCAGGUCUACAAGGCUGCUAUAACAGAAGGAGCCUCUGAUAUUCCCUGGUAUGACAUAGGAAGUAAUGAUUGCUUCGACCUAUUGUCCUGGCAAACAGAGAAUAAUCUAUACAAGACGUAUGGCAGAAGCGCCAAUUUAUUAAAAGAAGGCAAAGGUGUUUACAGUUGGAAAUUAUCAAAGGAAUUUGGCGAAUAUAAUUUUGUCGCUGCAGAUGCUUGUCCAAUAAAGGGACCAUCACGACCCUUUGACUUUUUUGGCUAUCUUACGGCAAAUACUAUGGAUAAACUGGCAUCAACUGUCAUUUCAAAUAGAUAUAAUCAUACUUUUCUAUUUUCGCAUUAUCCUACAAUAACACUAUCCACUGGCACAACUGAUGAUGGAUAUGGGUUUAAAGAUCUAGCACGCUACAUCAGUGCCUAUUUUUGUGGACAUCUACAUGGAUUUAAUGCUGGUUUAGGAGUCACUUUAAAGUCAUAUGACUCAGAGACAGAUUCAUUAGAAUUGGAACUAUCAGACAUGAAAGAUCAUGGAUCAUACAGAAUAGUCGCAGUUGAUCAUGACUUGAUUUCAUUUGUGGACGUUGAUUUACCUAUUCCACAAAUACCACCACUUACAAAUGAGGACAAGCGUGUUCCUCUCACAGAGGACUUGAAAAUCAUUUGGCCAUCCAGCAAGUUACGACCUGCUCCGAUUGUAUUGAUCACAAAUCCUAAAGAUGCUCGAUAUGCUUUACCAUCAAAAGAACCUUUAAAAAUCGCUCAAACGAGUACCCACAUUCGAUUCUUGGUGUUUUCAGAGUAUGAAUAUACGCAGUUAAAAGCCAAGAUCUUUGUGGACGAUAUGCGUCAUCCCUUUAUUGCACAGUUUACAGGAGACAACAGCAGUUUGCCCCUUUGGACAUCUAGCUGGGAACCCAAUGACUUUGAUGAUUUUAAGACACACUCUAUCCGUAUUGAAGUAACAGCGCCCGAUGGACAAAUUGGCGUAGGAGAAGCGUUGUUUAGAAUGGAUCGUUUGAGAAUCAAUAUUGAAAGUGGUAUUGGUGAAUGGAUCACUUGGUCAAAUAUAUUACAGCUUCUUCGCUUCUUAAGUGUUUUUGCUAUAGUUGCUAUGCUAUUGGCCAUAUUGAUACCCAAACUAUACCUUGACUAUGAAAGACGUCACCUUGUAGAUACUCACUUGCGAAAUAUGCUCUUAUUAUAUGUACACGAAAUCGACUGUGGAAUAUACCAAAGCAUAUACGCUUCCGCCCAAAAGACGAUAUACAUUUGGACACAUCGAUUCUUGCAGUUUUCUGAGGAGCAACCAAAUACUUGGUACAUGUGCUUCAUCUUUCUUAUUAGCUUUCUCACUAUGCCUUGGUUUUAUGCAAAAUUCAUUCCUUAUGGAAGCAACGAUGAUGAAGGUGCAGGGUACUUUUUCUUGUGGGGUUUGUAUUUUCCGGGCAAGCAAUGGGUUCCUUUAGACACAUGGCUAUACACUGCAUUUGAGCUCAUCUUUACUGUCAAUGGCUUCAUCUUGUAUUUUAUUUGGAAGUCUUCUGAUCAGUAUUUAUUCGAAUGCAAAGGUCUAGGUCAAGGAAAAAACCGUCGAACGUCAUUAUGCAACCGUACAUGGUUUCAGUUGCUUGUCAUCCUGUACUUUCUUUGGCGUGUCACAGAUCUCAUUGAGCUUGUUCGCUGGUAUGGUGACACAUGGUCAAUGCUCACGUUUAACCUACUCGUCUGGUGGCUUGUGGGAGUUACUAUUGUCUUAUUUUAUGGUAAAGACGGGAUUGUUUCCUUGAUCAAAGCCAAUCAAAAAGGAGAAGCGAUUGGCCAACAUUUGGAUAUCUGUCAGUCCUGUUGCCAGGCUAUAGGUGAGACAGCUAGAGGACCGUUUAAUGUGAGAACAAUGUAUGAUAGCAAUGAGCAGCAUCCACCUUUAGCCGAAUAUAAUGAAGACUCAUCAAGUGAUACCUCAAAUGCAAGUAUAACUAGAAGAAAUGCAACAGCAGGAGAUGAAUGAUAUAUUAAAAAAGCUGCAUUUGCAUAUAGUUUUGAUUUUAUUGUUUGUUUAACUCCCUA